AUGCCGGAAGCACCGGACGUGCUGCUUCUCUUCUGUCUCGUCGGGGCGGCGGACGCCCUGUACAAACGGUGGAUCCCUGACACCAACUACGAGAACGAGACCAACUGGGACAAGGGAGCCGUGCCGUGCGGCAAUGACGUGGUUCGGUUUUCAGCCCAGACACAAGUGUCUGUGUUUGUGGAGAGCGCACACGCCGUGCGGGAGACGAGGCUGCCAGUUGACGGGGAGUUCAUCCUGAACUCGGGGGGCGGAUUCUACGCUUCGGCCGGACGAGAGCCGGGCUGCGGACCCGGGGUCGCGACCCGGUUCAAAGACCCGGGCUCUCUGCGGUGGUUCGACCCGGCCCUGUGGCAGGCGGCGGCAUCACUGGACGACCUGCGGCGCGGACGCUUCCUGUUCUCGGUCCACGAGGAGAGUGUCCCCUGCCGGUGGGACGACGUGGUUUUCAGAGCCCUCUCCUCCUUCAGAGUGGACACCGGCUCCGGCGGGUCGAGCGUCCCCGUGAGAGCUGUGUCCGUGCGCGGGAAGGUGUUCGACGGCAGAGCGGAGUUCGCGCAGUAUCUCAGCUCGCGCUCCGGUCGGCUGCAGUUUCACGGAUCGUCCGCGGUCACUGUGGGGAAUCCGGGCUGCGGGGAUCCUUCCGGCUGCGAGUGUGGCAACUCCGCGAACCGUCGGCGGAUCUGCAGCAGCGUAACAUGUGCGUCUGUGGAGUGCAAGAAGCCCCUCCUCCCCGUCGGACACUGCUGCGAGGUGUGCGGCGCCAUCGUCACCAUCCGCUAUGCCGCGGGUUUCGACCUGCAGACCUACAGGCAACGGAUCCAUCACCUGUUCCUCGUCCUGCCAAAAUACAAAUCCGUCCAGCUGGGCAUGUCUAAGGUCUCCAGGUCACGGCGCCUGAUGGGGAUCGUCCCUUUCGGCGCCUCGCCUGAGGUCCAGCUGACUCUUCUGGACGGAGAGAAGGGGGCGGAGUCAGAGGCUCUGGCCUGGGACGUGGUGAGCGAUGCUCGCUCGCAUGGCUCCGUCCUCGGCAUCGCCGGGGCCGAGUUUCGAGCCUCCUCUGGCGGCGGCGGCGGCAGCAGCGACCAGUCGGGAGCCAGUGCAGGGACGGUGGUGGGAGUUGUGCUUGCAGUUUUCGUCGCGAUUGCUAUUGUCAUUGUGGUCGCCCUGAUUCGCAGGGGCGUUGUUAGGAUGCCAUCAAUGCCGUCGGCGCCUUCUCUGAGCAGCUUCACGAGAAAGAAGGAUGGCGAAGAACUCGGCGGGCCUCUCGACCGUGGAUACGAUAACCCGAUGUUUGACAACCUCAACAUGCUGCCUGAUGUACCUGGUCUGCAUGGGAAUGAAGCUAACUCAAUUUCCAUCACACAGACAGGUGGUGUGUACUUUGCGAAUCCAGUUUAUGAUGAGAAUGAAACUGAUUUUAAUGCCUGAAGUUGACCGCAAUGAAUUUUAAGGGAGGUUAAUGAUUUUCAAAAGUACUUUUGCAUCAACUUGAUGAUUUUACACACCCUCCACGAGCAAUAAAUCCCCCUACAGCUUACGUGAUAAUUCAGUAAUGUAAAUAAACGUUCACAAAUGCCUGACAGCCAUUUAAGAUUUUAAUAACUGAAUAAACUUGUGAGACAAAUAAAAUGAUUUGUUGGCA